AUGUCCUUGGUAUCAGGACCAGGCCGUGCAGGAACCUCUUCUGCUCUGCCAGAGGAGCUCCAGCUAGCUAUUGAGCCGCAUGUAAAAUAUAUCCAAAGCCUCGACACCCGUAAAGACGAAAUCGAGUACUGGCUCACCGAACACCUACGACUAAAUGGCUUGUACUGGGGAUUGACAGCGCUGCAUCUGCUAGGGAGACCAGAUGCCUUACCGCGAGAGGAAACAAUUGAUUUUGUGCUGAGCUGCCAGACCGAAGACGGAGGGUUUGGGGCGGCGCCGGGACACGAUGCGCAUUUGUUGUAUACGGUCAGUGCGGUGCAAGUACUUGCUACUGUGGAUGCGCUGGAUGUGUUGGAGGAGAGGGGAAAAAGUGGAGGAAAGCUGGGUGUGGGAAAAUAUAUUGCCGCCCUUCAGAAUCGAGGAACAGGGACAUUUGCGGGUGAUGAAUGGGGGGAAGAAGAUACACGAUUCCUUUACGAUGCCCUGAACGCCUUAUCCCUUCUACAUCUGCUGGACCUGGUAGACGUCAAUAAAGCAGUCGACUACAUCAUCUCGUGUGCGAAUUUCGAUGGUGGAUAUGGAGUUAGCCCGGGGGCUGAAUCGCAUUCCGGCCAAAUUUUCACAUGUCUUGGAGCGUUGAGCAUUGCUGGACGAUUGGACGUUGUGAAUGGAGAUAAGCUGGGUAGAUGGCUUAGCGAAAGACAGGUGGAUGCUGGUGGGCUGAAUGGAAGGCCGGAGAAGCUUGAGGAUGUGUGCUAUAGUUGGUGGGUUGCGAGUAGUCUUGCGAUGAUUGGACGGCUGCAUUGGAUUGAUGGGGGGAAGUUGACGGAGUUUAUCUUGAAGUGCCAGGAUCCCAAAGAAGGCGGCCUUGCUGACCGUCCGGGUGAUAUGGUUGAUGUCUUCCACACAGUAUUUGGAAUUGCUGGGUUGUCAUUGCUUGGAUAUCCUGGCGUGGAGGAGGUUGACCCUGUCUACUGCAUGCCAAAGACAGUCGUCGAGCGAGUGCUUGGUGCAAAGUAA